AAGAAGAUUACUCUACUGAAAAGCUUUGGGAUGCGUUUAACUUGGGUGUCGUGCCUAUUAUAUGGGGUGCGCCUAAUACUCGUUCUUACUUACCGGAUCCCAAAUCUGCUAUUUUUAUUGAAGACUUUAAGGAUGCCAAAGCUCUUGCAGAUUAUUUGAAAUAUUUAGUUAAAAAUGAAACUGCAUAUUUAGAAUAUCAUAAGUGGCGGACUAUGAAGUUGCAUGAUGAAUUUGAGAAGAAAUCAUACAUGAGUAUGUAUAAUGUUGAAUGUAACGCUUGCAGAGAGGUUGCUAGGCUAAGGAUUCUUGAAGAAUAUAAUAAUACUAAAUACGAUAAUACUGAUAGAUAA